CAAAACCCACCCUCACCGUCACCAUGACAGGCUCUGCGGUGGACGCAGCCGUAAUGUUUCGAGUCUUCGGCUUUUCAGUUCCGUCUGCUUCCGCCUGCUGCCCAUCGGAAAGUGGACCUAUCAUCGCGGGACUGCAAGAUGCUUGAUGGUGAUUCUUAUGGUGGCUGCACUUCCAGCCCACCAAAGCAUUCAAAUCAUUUAUUACAAUCAAGAGCCCCACCCUAAGUUAGUAAGUUCUAUUCCAUUCGGCUCUGCCUUCUCUUUCUUCCUUCCAUGCCCUCAUUUUUCACUGUUGAUAGUAUUAUUGUCCAAUGGGUGUCCUUUCAUUAUUCAUAAUAAUGUAGAGCAUAUGAAUCCAUAGACUACUAAGUUUUGGCAGGCGUGGGAAAGAAUUAGUGUGAUGAUCUCACUAUUUGUCUCCCUUUCCCUCAUGUAGAUUAUCUCACUUCUACCCUCAAAACAAACAAAACAUACGCACGCAUAAAUCCCUGCAUCACCCUAAGUUUUGCAUUUAACAUUCUCCCAUAGACUACUAAGUAUUCCCUUUCUCUUUUUUCUCCCAACAAAAAAAACACAUUAAUAAAAAUAUGAUUUUGUUGGCGACCUAGUCCGGGAAGGGAAGGGAAGGGAAGGCCUUUUUCAGGUGCGUUUCUGUAGGCCCCCAUGAAAGCGUUUUAAGAAUCUCAAAUCCUUAUCUCUCCGCCUCCUCAUUUCCCCUCAUAUUUUUCUUUCACUUUACUUUGGUUUCAGUGCUUUAUAAUCAUACCUAUAUAAUUUACCCUUCCUUUGUAAUAAUCACUCUCUCCUCCCAUUCUCUUUCCCUCAACUCUUUCUUCUCUCUCUCUCUCCCCCUCUCUCUGGACAUCUGCGGACAACCAUGAUGGCAAUGGAGCAAAUCUUAUCCGAGCUAAAUGGCGAAGAGUUAAACGAGCAGGGAUUGCCCCCAGGGUUUCGGUUCCACCCUACUGAUGAGGAGCUUAUCACAUUUUACUUGGCUUCAAAGGUUUUCAAAGGCAGCUUCUGCGGGGUGGAGAUUGCUGAGGUAGACCUCAAUCGAUGUGAGCCAUGGGAGCUUCCAGAUGUUGCAAAGAUGGGCGAGAGAGAAUGGUACUUCUACAGUUUGCGUGACCGGAAGUACCCAACAGGGCUAAGAACAAAUAGGGCCACCGGAGCUGGUUACUGGAAAGCCACCGGAAAAGACAGGGAAGUUUACAGUGCAUCCAAUGGAUCCCUACUUGGGAUGAAGAAGACGCUGGUGUUCUACAGAGGCAGAGCCCCGCGUGGAGAGAAAACCAAGUGGGUCAUGCAUGAGUACCGCUUAGACGGCCAUUUCUCUUACCGCCAUGCCUGCAAGGAAGAAUGGGUUAUUUGCAGAAUAUUUCACAAGAAUGGGGAGAAGAAAAAUCCAAUGUUCCCGUGUCACGCUUAUCUCCUGGAGUCUGCUGCUGCUGCUGCUUUAUCAUCGUCCACUACUUCCAACUCCUUGCCUCCGUUGCUCGAGACGACUCCAACAACACUAAUAGAGUGUCAAUCUCAAGCCGCAAUGCAGGCUUUCCAAAACCCUUUUCAGAUUCAUCAGCCUCCUGAAAGCGACCUGAAGAGCUUCGUAAGCUCAGUCGUGUCCCAAUCCAACCUCCUUUCCUCGAACGAGCAGCCGUUGCAGCAGCAGCAGCAGCCCCCUUAUUCACACAAACCACCACCACCACCACCCCCUAUCUCAAUCAACACCAUCUCCAUAACCACCAAUAACAUAAACCCCAUUGCUAAUGCCAACAGCAACACGUAUACUCCGUCCGCAUCAUCAUCAUCAUCAUCAUCAUCACUGCUGCCAUCGAUUCUCUUCAAGUCUCUCCUCUCACAUCAAGAUUCCACAGUACUACUAAAGCAGCAGCAGCAGCAGCAGCAUCAACAACAACAGUGCGAUGUCUUUAAACAGUUCAAAGCGGAGGCCAGCUUUACAACCCAUUUCGAGCCCGCUGAGGCCAACUCAGACUUCAUGGAUAUGAUGAAGAUGCAGCCAAACCCCCCCUCUUACCAUCAACAUCCCAUGUCUUUUGAAAUGGAAUGCAGUUCACCACCAGCCGCGGCUGCUGAGGUGUCUGUUCAUGACAUAUCAACUUCAAUCGCCUUCACCAAGGCCGGCUAUCAGACAAUGUUAGAUCCUCACAUCAACAUCGUCCAUGCCCAUGGAGAAUCUUGGCCUUUAGAUGCUUAACAUCUCUUUUCGUAUUUUUUAACUUUUCGCUUACUUUUUUAGUACUCAAGUACGUGGUUGUAAACUAGUAUGCGUCUGUAGCGUAGCGUCCAAUCUGCGUGUCUGCAUGUACCAAAUAUUUCUUUAAAAUCCAUGCUUUCCCUUCUCUAAAACCCAUUAUCCACCUCUGUACG